AUGCUGACACAGAUUACAGACCUUGCAGAUAAGUGGCUGGAGUCAUGCACAACUAGGGAGGAAGUUAUUGACUGUGUUAUAUUGCAGCAGUUUGUGAAUGUGUUACCAGAAGAAGCAAGGACAUGGGUCAAAGAGCGUAAACCGAGUGCAAGCAAGGAAGCAGUUUCAUACCCAGUAGCAGUUGUAGAGAUAGACGUAGGUGGAAAGUUGCUUCAGGUGGAAGCAACGGUGUCGGAUACGUUACCAAGGUCAGUUCUAUUGGGGACAAAUGUGCCCGAGUUAAAUAGCCUACUCAGAGAGGAGAGAGGCGAGAGUGGAUUAGCUGUCUUAACAAGGAGCGGGGCUCGUAGACAGAAGAAAGAGGAAGAGGAGUUACAACGGAAAGAAAAAGAAUCAGGAGCAAAAACAACAACAGUGGAAGUAGAUGCUCAAGAGUUGAACACUGGAACUCACCCCAGCCAUAGAUAA